AUGGCUAGCAUCUGCCCUUACACCUCGUUUGAGGACAAGGCAAACUGGGCCAGAGCCAAGCGAGAUGCCUCUGUCGCCAAGGUCGAGCCCAAGUUGAAAGGUCUACCUGCUGAGCUGCCGCUGAGCAGCCAGGAUCUACCCAAGGCUGUAUUAACUUCAAAAGAGAUUGAGAUCACAGAGAAGUACACCAUAACCGAACUUUUGUCUGCGCUCAAGGAGAAAGUGUUGUCGGUGGAGGAGGUCACCAGAGCCUUUUUACGGCGAGCUGCGCUAGCCCAUAUCACGACAAACUGUCUGGUUGAGCUUAUGUGGGAUGAAGCCAUUGCUCGCGCAAAGCAUCUGGACUCACUCCCCGAACCAAAGGGUGCACUGUUUGGUUUACCAAUCUCUACCAAAGAGCAUCAGGGCAUGGUUGGACCAAAUGUCACCACAUCGGCCUCGUUUGGAGCCUGGAUUGGGAAGCCGCACGGGUCCAACCUCCUGUACGAUACGUUUUGGGAAGAGGGCUGCGUUUUCUAUGCAAGGACUACUCAGCCUCAGGCUAUUAUGCAUCUAGAGACAGAGAGCCCUAUCUAUGGGCGGACAACGAACCCCUACAACCGAGAUCUUACCCCUGGUGGUAGUAGCGGCGGAGAGUCUGCGCUUCUGGGCCUGCGCGGGAGCAUCUUGGGUGUUGGUUCGGAUAUUGGAGGUAGCAUUCGCUGCCCAGCCGCUCAUGUCGGUGUAUAUGGUUUCAAACCUAGCGCUAAGCGAAUCGCUACAACAGGAUUACGAGCUGCCAAUGGCGGAAGGGAGACAAUUCCUGGUUGCCCAGGUCCCAUGGCCGUAGACCGUGAUGCCCUGGAGCUCUUUAUGAAGGUUGCUGUUGGAGCAGAGCCCUGGAAUAUUGACCCGUCUAUUACCGUUAAGGAAUGGAUACCUCACAAGUUCACAGAACCCCUCAAGGUUGCCAUACAGUGGUGGGAUGGGGUUGUCCAGCCUCAUCCACCAAUGACUCGGGCGUUACGGGAGGUCGCAGAUGCCUGCAGGAAAGCGGGCAUGACGGUUGUCGACUGGGAUUGCGAGCCCCUUGACCACAAAGGAGCUUGGGAUCUGUUGUCGGCUCUUUACUGGCCAGAUGGCGGCAAGGAAGUCUUGAGCUUGAUCGAAGACGCUGGAGAACCCCUUAUGGACCUGACUAAGUGGAUUAUACUUGAACAGCCUACGGUAAAGGAACUGACACAACAUGAGCUGUGGAAGUUGUGUUGUCAACGAGAUGAGUAUCGUGCGAGGUAUGCCAAGGCGUGGCGGGAUAGCAAGAAGGAUGAUGGGAAGGAGGUCGACGUGAUCAUAUGCCCGCCUUAUUUCGGUGCAGCAUCCACUCAUGGAAACUCUCGUUACUGGGGCUAUACAGCACAGUGGAAUCUUUUGGAUUAUCCCUCGGUUGUCUUUCCUGUCACCACAGUUGACGCAGCUAAAGAUCCGAAGGACGCUACUUACAUGCCAAAGAAUAAGCAAGACAAAUUUGUGUACGAUCUCUACGACCCCGAGACGUACCAAGGCGCUCCGAUCAGUCUCCAAGUUGUUGGGAAAAGGCAGCAUGAUGAGAAGGUUCUCGCCGCGUUGACCGAGAUUGAAAGAGCCAUGGGAAGGAAGUAA